AUGAACCCUCACCAGCAGAACAAGAUAGAUAUAAACUCGCUAAGCCCUGACGAGCAGCGGCUCCUACGAAUGUAUGGCAAGAUGCCUAAUAAGAAAGAUCUCCUGCAGAACAAGCUAAAGGAAAGAAAAUAUUUCGACUCCGGAGAUUAUGCCCUGAGCAAAGCAGGAAAGGCCUCGGACGUCACCUCAAUCGGCUCCCGUCACCCUCUGCCAGAGAAUAUUCCACAUCUCACGGCAUCGUCCCCACCUCAGUCCACCGCUACCCCAAACCAUUUCAACGGAGGCCAUGGUCCCGCGCACUCUCACUCUGGCGGAGCAAAUAGUGGAAUGUCCCCCGGCAUGGCCCGUAGCCCUAUAAAGGAAGGAAGUUUCCUACAGCGACAGACCAGCAUAGAAGACGCCAGUAACGAGGAGGGAUCAAACAACGAUACAGGAGAGAAUCAGGGCUGCCCGGAGACCAGGGAGCCCCAGGGCUCGAAACUAUCAAUGUCAGAGAGUAAGACGGAAGAGACAGAGGACUCCUUGUUGCAUGAAAUCCCUAUUCGACGAUAG